CCUCCAUGUUUCUUAUGGGGAAACUGAUCUGUAACAUAGGUUAUUGCAAGUGUAUCCGACUUAUUUAUUUGUAAUUGGCCUUGAUAAUGGGGGAAAAAAAAUAAAAACGAGUGUUCCAUCUUAAACCUACAGUAAAUGCUUAUGAAUCCUUUUAUAUGAUACUACUGCAGCUGCAUCUAUGAGGAAAGACUGCUUCAGCACAGACAAGUUUGUGCUGGAAUGCAUCUUCUUGCGAUGUGUAAGGCUUUUGAAUUGUAAUGGUGCUGCAGACCUUUCUGAAUGUGCUCGGGCAUCAUGGUUUUUACAUAAACCUCUGUAAUUCCCAUAAACACGAGAUUGAGCUAAUAACCACUAAAUCAGAUGACUAAAACUUAAAUGAAUACUCCAGAUCCGGUUAGUUUGUUCCCGGCAUCAACGGGUUUCAAGUUGGUAUUAAACUGAAGCGACCUGCUCUAUUCAUCAUCCGCCGCUUGUAGGGGGUGAACGCUCCCACUGUACGUGCUAUAGCAUUUUAAAAGUUUUGCCUUGUAAGAUUCAAACCUGUUUGCCCUUAAAGCUGGCAAAAACAUUUGGCGCUGGCCUUUGAUCACGAUUUGGGCGACAUUAAACAGACUUUAUGGUUGUCGUUUAUGUUAAGGUCGUGCGCAACUGGAGUGCGGUAAAUGAUUUCACCGCACUUUCCAUUGCGAGGACGAAGCUCGAUGUUUUGCAAUGAGCUUGUGUGCAGGCUCCCUACCUCGGUCACUUGAUUUACACUCAUAAUGCACCCAGAGCACAACAGUUUGACGUUGUAGUGCUGGAACGUAUUUGGAUUUGAUUUGCUGCCCGCUGAGAAGUGUGAGGCUGCUGUACUAUUUACUUUAAGUUAAUAUGCAGGUUAUAAGCAGCUCGAAAAAGGAACAGUCUCAAACUGCAGGACUGUCUGAGCCCUACAGCUUACAAACUGUACUGCUUUAACCAAAACCGGCGAGUUUCUUUUCCAGUAAAUUCAAACACACACACAUUCGUAAAACUGGCCAUCUCAGUGUGCCUGUUUCUUCUGUCCCGCCUUGCUGCAUCAAGAAUUCGUAUUGCAGCUGUUUUUUUACACUGCCACACCAAACUUAAAAUUAACGAGUAAACCUUUCGAGCGUUUUCAAUCAAUCAUGAUAAAAAACAAAUUAAGUCUGCCUGCGACGCUGUUCGCGACAGCUUUAAGGUCUGUGCCGAAGUACAAUAUACUCGUUGCAAAUUUAGUUUUUUUUUUUGCUCGGAUUUGUCUUUUUCAUCGGGGUACAUCAUUCCGCAGGGAAAUCAAAGUACUCAAAAGUGGCGGUUUUCUUCUCCACAUGGCCAGCUGGUUUAAGAUACAGCAAGAGAAGCCUGAAGGUCGUUUCGCACUCUGGGUUUCCAUGAAGCAUCAACUUACAGCUGGAAAGAUUCCAGACGAAGUUUUCCGGCACAUAUCCCACACGUGACCCAGAACAUUCCAAGGAUGCGGGCCUAUUUAAACUGGAGACGGCUGGGGUUUGAACAGAGUUGCUCGGCUCCAGCAGUUUGUGAUCGUUCUUCACAGGAGAUUACCGUUAACUUUCUUCUACAACUCUCAAGGAUAUAUUUGAAGUCCGGAGCAAAUGCUAAAUAUGGACGGAGCGAACGCCACCACAGCCCACCUUCCAGGCAAGCUGGAGCCUACAACUGCCGUCAAGUCCAAGGAAGACGGCAACGAGUAUCUGUACAUUUUAAUCGUCAUGUGCUUCUACGGGAUCUUCCUGCUGGGGAUUAUGUUUGGCUACGUGAGGUCGAAGAAGAGGGAGAAGAGAUCCAACGUCUUCACGCACUUGCUCUACGAGGAAGAGCAGAGGGAAUGGGGGGGUAUUGUGAAGAAGCACAGCCUGCCGCUGCCCACCGCUUCAGGACUGAGAGCUGUCCAGGUGCCGCCGCCCUUCAGCGUCCUGGCCGACAGAAGCGUGGCCGCGGCGUUCUCGUGCGCCGCGUGCUCCGUGGAGCAGAGCAGCGUCAGCUCCCUGUGCUCCUCCGCGGACGUCCACUUCGCCAUCGAAGAGGAGUCGGACAGCGGGAAGGGGGAGGCCUCCGAGGUGGAAAAGGAGAACAGCGACGAGUCUUUGAAGAUUCUGGAUGAAUCCUCGUGAUGCCACGGGUAACUAGGAACGGCACUCAAAAGAAAACUCACGGCGCAGGGUGAGAGGUCUCAACUCCGGGCCUUCCUAAACCGGGGCUGCUCCAGAAGAGAACUGGUGUUGAUACCGUUGGGCAGCAUAAUACACGUCUUCGGGAACACCCCGCUGUUUUCUUUGUAGCUUUUAGCAGUUGAAACGCGUAACCGUUAGCCUGGAAUCACUUGAAAAAAAAAAGUAUGUAAUUUAAAAAAAAGUGUUAAUUGUGCUGUGCUGAUGUCCACGCAUAUAGUUUGUUUUCAUUGUGUAAAUAUUUUGAAAUGAUGGGCUGUAUAUAUAUAUAUUGAAAAUCAUUAUUUAAAAUGUAUUUUACUUUCACUUUUGCCAAGUGAAAUAAAAGCUUCUUCUUUUUUUAAGGAAAAUGCAAACUUGUAAGUGUUACUAGAGACUGCUGAAACGUGUGUGCGCCACAAGGGGCAGAUUUGUAACGCUAGUAGUUGCUCAUGCAGAGAGCUCAAAGACAUGUACUGUAAGUUGGUAGAUGGCUGUAGGAAUUGAAUAAAGUGUUGUAAUGAAUAAUGAGAAUUUA